GCAACAACACGAGCAGACAAACAAGCAGAAGACAGGACGUCCACACUUGGAGAUACGCGGGUUCAAACCAGAAACAUCCUAGCAACAAAAACAACGUUCCGCCAGUGACUACAUCUGCUCAGGUGAUCUGAGACUUCUUUUGCUUUAUUCAAAAGAAACAAACAAAGAAACAGAAAGAAACUUGGCUGAAUCCUAAAGAAAAGAAAAAUGUCAUCCACGCUGCAGGAGCUGUUCAUCCCUGCGCACGACGGAGCUCCCGAGCCCCCUCGCAAUAAGGUGACGGUGGUGGGGGUGGGCCAGGUGGGCAUGGCCUGCGCCGUCAGCAUCCUGCUCAAGGAGUUGGCGGACGAACUGGCGCUAGUGGAUGUGAUGGAAGACAAGUUGAAGGGGGAGAUGAUGGACCUUCAGCACGGAAGUCUCUUUCUCAAAACACACAAAAUUGUAGCCGAUAAAGAUUACUCGGUGACGGCUGACUCACGUGUGGUGGUCCUGACAGCGGGUGUGCGGCAGCGGGAAGGCGAGAGCAGGCUGGACCUGGUGCAGAGGAAUGUCGACAUCUUUAAGAGUAUCGUGCCGCAGAUAGUCACAUACAGUCCGCACUGCGUCAUCAUUGUAGUCUCCAACCCAGUGGAUGUGCUGACCUACGUGACGUGGAAGCUGAGUGGGCUCCCCAAGCACCGCGUGCUGGGCAGCGGCACCAACUUGGACUCGGCCCGUUUCCGCUUCCUGAUGGCCGACAGGCUAGGCGUGCACCCGAGCGGUUUCCAUGGCUGGAUCAUGGGGGAGCACGGUGAUACCUCAGUGCCCGUGUGGAGCGGCGCAAACGUGGCCGGCGUCAGCCUGCGGGUGCUCAACCCCGACGUCGGCACCGACGUCGACCCAGAGAACUGCAAAGAGACGCACAAGAUGGUAGUGGACAGCGCCUACGAGGUGAUCAAACUGAAGGGUUAUACCAACUGGGCCAUCGGGCUGAGCGUGGCCGACCUGACGGAGAGUAUUGUCAGGAACCUGAGAAGAAUACAUCCCGUAUCCACCAUGGUGCAGGGCAUGUACGGGAUCACAGAGGAGGUGUACCUCAGCAUUCCAUGCGUAUUAGACGGUGGCGGCGUGGCCAGUGUGGUCCACGUGAGCCUGUCGGACGACGAGGCGGCCCAGAUGCGGGCCAGCGGCAGCGCACUUUGGGACAUCCACAAGGAGCUGCAGGACCUCUGAGUGGCAUGUGGGAGAGAUGGACCACAUGCUUUUUAUAUCAAGUUUGUGAAAUACAAUAUUUAGCCGCUGAAGAAACCAAAAGAGAUGAAUUCAUAGAAAAUAAAGCAUACAUACAAUAUAACUGUGUUAGAUACAAUUUGUGCUUUUAGGAGGCAUGGACAAGUGUGGGUUUUUGUGGAUGUGGACAAAUGACUAGCUACUGUAUGAGUGUACUCAUUAUAUUUUGCGGGCCUCAGUGUUGAAGCGCAAGACGAGGUUUUGAUCAAGUACAUCCCAGCAGAAAGAAUAUUGUUUAACAAUUUGAAAAAAAAUUCAAAAUUUCAAUAAAAAACAGUAUUUAACAGCCAUUGUCAGACAUUUUUAAAUGCCGGUGGUAUUUUUCACUUGGUAUUUUCUGUUAGAAGAAGCUUUUUUCCGUGUGGGUCCUAGGCUCCUUUUCUGACUCUCCAAUUUGCCCUCCACUCAUUUUUGCACAUCCCUGUUUUUUGGGGUCAUAUACAGGUGUGUAUAUAUACAUAUACUGUGUAUAUAUAAAUAUAUACAUGUUUCAUUGCAUCACUUUUCAUUGCAUCACCUUUAACGCCAUAAUUUUAAUCUCUCUCCAUAGCAUUUAUUAAUUCAUGAGUGAGUCCACUCAAAUUCAUACAGGCGUUGACGCUCAUGCUGCAGGGGCCAGCCUCUCAACAACGAAGAUUGACUAAACGAUGGUGAACACAUUUGUGUCUUUGUAGAGCUACCAAGCAGUCGCUCGCCAGAUCAAAGCAACAAACCUGUCAAUCAUUGUUAACUUUAAGUACCAAAUGCCAGCUGCACUGGCGAACAAGAAAAGCAGCAGAAGGAGGCUGUACGAGCAUGAAGCUGAAAGAAACAUUUAAACAUUUUUUUUUUUUUUUUAAACGGAUCCUUUUCACCCGAUUCCAUUCCUGAAAAAUGGCGCAAUCGGCUCGAUUUCCGGUCAUCGGAUCGGGACAUCCCUUGUAAAUUUCAAACAUAAAUGGUUAAUCCAAAUGUUAUAUCUAACUGGAAAUGGUAAAACCAGAAGUUUACAGAAAAGAAUUUGACUAAAAUGGUAAUUAAAAAAAAUAAAACAUUUACAGAAUUUUCUAUUGCAAAAUUGCUAAUUCAUUGUUUUGGGAGUGGAAAAAAGUCUAGAUAAAUUAGGCUAAAAUAAGUUAUUAACACAAAAAAAUGUGUUUGCUGCUUCAGUCCAUUUUCAUUUUUAAGCUACUGGAAAACGAUGACAGGAACUGGUCAUGCGACAAAAUAUUGUACUAAACUACAGAUACUGCACAUGUACUUUAGAACCAGGAAGUGGCAACCACUAGUUUUUCC